UUUCAUAUUUACGCACGUGGGUCUGUCGUUAACUGAAAUAUUAUAGUUUUACCGAUCGGCGGUCUGUUUAACUUGAAUAAAAAAUGGUAUUUUUUACUUGCAAUCAUUGCGGAGAGUCGUUGAAAAAACCGUCCGUUGAAAAGCAUUAUCAGUGGAAGAGUUGUCGAGGAGCUGUCCCAUUUCUAACAUGUGUAGACUGUUUGAAGGAUUUCAAGGGUGAUGAGUUUAAGGAGCACACCAAGUGCAUUACAGAGGAGGAAAAAUAUUCCGCAAAAGGAUUUGUUGCUAAGCCGAAUAAGAAUAAGGGCGAAAAAAAGCAAGAAAGUUGGACCGAAACACUCCAAAGUUUGUUGACUAAGCCUGGUGUUGAUCCACAGGUCAGAUAUAUUGUUGAAAAAAUAGCUGCACAGACUAACGUUCCACGAAAGAAACCGAAAUUCAUCAAUUUUGUCAAGAACAGCUUGAAAAUUUCAAUGGAUAAUGCUAAUAAAGUAUGGAACGUGGUCGAGGAAGCAUUGGAAGAAUUCAAGCAAAUCGCUGAAGCAAAUAAACAGAAAAAAGAAUUGGAAAAGAAGGCGCCAGAGAAUGGUAACGCUGAGUCAGUGCCUUUGAUUCCAGAAAACGGACAGGACAAGAAGAAGAAAAAGAAAAAGGAGUCAAAAAUGGAAACGGAUGAUACGAAUGGAACUGACGUUCAGAAUGGAAAAUCUCGAAAACGAGCAAGGGAGACUAGCACUGCUGACGAUGGUAGUGUUAAGAAGAAGAAGAAGAAAAACAAGUCCAACGGAGCGAUUGACAGCGAAAUAGGCGAUGAAUCGCUAACAACCAACGGAAAUCAUGAAAAUGAGCAAGGACAAGAUUCGACGAUGGUCGAUGAUGCUAAAUUCAAUUGGCAAUCCAAUAUCGUAACCAUUUUGUCGAAAAAGAAGGCACCAAUGGCAAUUGAUAAGCUGAAAAGUAAAGUCGUAAAGAAAUAUGCGACGCACACGUCAAACGCAGUGACUGCUAGUGUCGAGAAGAAAUUUCUUAAGAAAUUGAAAGCCACUCCGAAUGUAACAAUUACAAAUGAGUUUGUAAAAUUGGAAGAAUAAAGUUUUAUCGAGGUAGUCUAA